AUGACGACGCUCACCAGCGCCAAAACGGCAGUCGCGCCAGCUCAGGUGCAAGUGUUUGUCGCAGACUCGGCCAGGCUCUCCACUUCCACACACCUUCCUGGUUUGCACUCGCUCGCUCUGCAGAUACACCACAACCUCGAGUACCAGCAUUACUGGACUGAUCUCAAGGUGCACACGCACUCGCCUCUUACAAAGGAACCUCUGCCCCGGCCACUCGUCUCGGGCCUGCCACCACAGCGCCUCUACGUCCACCCUGACGAGCAGGUCGAGCUGCUGAAGAACGCCGACCGCCAGCGCAAAGCCGCCGAAGCAGCAGGGGAGAAGAGCGGUCUAGAUGUCAAAGCGCAGCCAGAGCGCGAGUGGGUACUGCCGACCAGAUUGAACGAACAAUGGACCCUGCGCAGGCUGGCUGAAGUCUUCGACGACAUCAGCAUGGUCCCGCCCCAGAUUUCUGCUACCGCUCAGGACAUCGCACCCAACCCAUGGAGGACAACAAAGAGAGUAGUGUUGGCUACAGUCGACACCGACAGCACCGUUGUCUACUACAUCGUCCACGAUGGAGUGGUGAAGCCUCGCCAGAACUGA